CUGCUGCGGCGUUGGCGUGCGGCGCGCUUUGCACACGUUGCACCUUGUCGCUUGCAGUCAGUCUGCCGUGUGGCUUCAGCGUCCCGACUGUGUGAGCCUACAGACCCGAGGCGAUGGCGAAGCUCUGUCUCACGGUGAAUCCCGGAGACCCUCCCCUGGAAGCGUUGCUGGCAGUAGAACAUGUGAAAGGUGAUGUCAGCAUUUCUGUUGAAGAAGGAAAAGAGACUCUUCUUCAUGUUUCUGAGAAUGUGGUGUUCACAGAUGUGAAUUCCAUACUUCGCUAUUUGGCCAGAGUUGCCACUACAGCUGGGCUCUAUGGCACCAACCUGAUGGAACAUACUGAGAUUGACCACUGGUUGGAGUUCAGGUCUACAAAAUUACCUUCAUGUAAUUUGUUUACUUCUGCCAUCAACGAGCUUAAUCAUUGCCUGUCUUUGAGAACAUACUUAGUUGGGAACUCCUUGACCUUAGCAGAUCUAUGUGUGUGGGCCACCUUAAAAGGAAGUGCUGCAUGGCAAGAACAAAUGAAACAGAACAAGGCUCCAGUUCAUGUAAAACGCUGGUUUGGUUUUCUUGAAGCCCAGCAGGCCUUCCAGUCAGUAGAUACCAAGUGGGAUGUUUCAACAAGCAAAGCUAAAGUGGCACCUGAGAAAAAACAAGAUGUUGGGAAGUUUGUUGAGCUUCCAGGUGCAGAAAUGGGAAAGGUUACUGUCAGAUUUCCUCCAGAAGCUACUAUUGAGAAGAAUCUACAAAUGUGGGAAGAAAUGAAAAAAGGAACUCAGUUUGGUCAGUCCUGUUGUUUGCGAGCAAAAAUUGACAUGAGUAGUAACAAUGGGUGCCUGAGGGACCCAACACUUUACCGCUGCAAAAUUCAGCCACAUCCAAGAACUGGGAGUAAAUACAAUGUGUAUCCAACAUAUGAUUUUGCCUGUCCUAUAGUUGACAGUAUUGAAGGUGUUACACAUGCCCUGAGAACAACAGAGUACCAUGACAGAGAUGAGCAGUUCUACUGGAUUAUUGAAGCUUUAGGGAUAAGAAAACCAUAUAUCUGGGAAUAUAGUCGCCUAAAUCUCAACAACACAGUGCUGUCCAAAAGAAAACUCACAUGGUUUGUCGACGAAGGACUAGUAGAUGGAUGGGAUGACCCUCGAUUUCCUACAGUCCGUGGUGUUUUGAGAAGAGGAAUGACAGUUGAAGGACUGAAACAGUUUAUUGCUGCUCAAGGCUCCUCACGUUCUGUUGUGAACAUGGAGUGGGACAAGAUCUGGGCAUUUAACAAAAAGGUUAUUGAUCCGGUGGCCCCACGGUAUGUUGCAUUACUAAAGAAAGAAGUGAUACCAGUGAAUGUCCCAGAAGCCCAGGAGGAGAUGAAAGAAGUAGCAAAACACCCAAAGAAUCCCGAUGUUGGCUUGAAACCUGUAUGGUACGGUCCUAAAGUUUUCAUAGAAGGUGCUGACGCAGAGACUUUCUCAGAGGGUGAGAUGGUUACAUUUAUAAAUUGGGGCAACAUCAACAUAACUAAAAUAUACAAAAAUGAAGAUGGAAAAGUUGUAUCUCUUGAUGCAAAAUUGAAUUUGGAAAACAAAGACUACAAGAAAACAACUAAGAUUACAUGGCUUGCUGAGACAUCGCAUGCACUUCCUACUCCAGCUAUCUGUGUCGCUUAUGAGCACUUGAUCACAAAGCCUGUACUGGGAAAAGAUGAGGACUUUAAGCAGUAUGUCAACAAGAACAGUAAGCGUGAAGAACUAAUGUUAGGGGAUCCAUGCCUUAAGGAUUUGAAAAAAGGAGACAUUAUUCAGCUCCAGAGAAGAGGAUUCUUCAUAUGUGAUCAGCCUUAUGAACCUGUAAGCCCACAUAGUUGCAAAGAAGCUCCAUGCAUUUUAAUAUAUAUUCCUGAUGGACAUACAAAGGAAAUGCCAACCUCCGGGUCAAAGGAAAAGACCAAAGUAGAAACCACAAAACAUGAGAUAACUUCUCCUCUUAAGGAAAGGCCAUCUCCUUCUCUGAAUAAUACGUGUGCUACAUCUGAGGAUUCCUUGGCCCUUUACAACAGAGUGGCUAUUCAAGGAGAUACAGUGCGUGAAUUAAAAGCCAAGAAAGCAGCAAAGGAAGACAUAGAUGCAGCGGUUAAACAGCUUUUGGCUCUGAAAGCUGAAUAUAAAGAAAAAACUGGCCAAGAGUACAAACCUGGAAGUCCUCCAGCUGCAGUAGUACAGAAUGUUUCCACAUCACCAGCAAGCACUGUGGACAGUAAAUCUCUCUAUGAUAAAGUUGCUGCACAAGGAGAGGUGGUUCGAAAGCUGAAAGCUGAAAAGGCCCCUAAGGCCAAAGUAAAUGAAGCAGUAGAGUGUUUACUCCUCCUGAAAGCUGAAUAUAAAGAAAAAACUGGGAAGGAAUACAUACCUGGUCAGUCCCCAUCGUCCCAAAGUUCAGAUUCGGGUUCUGUCAAAAAUACUGGUACUGCUGGUCCAGAAACAUCAGAAGCAAAAGCAUUUUUUGACAAAGUAGCUUGUCAGGGAGAAAUAGUUCGAAAGCUUAAAGCUGAAAAAGCCUCUAAGGAUCAAGUAGAUGCUGCUGUGCAAGAACUCCUUCAGCUGAAGGCACAGUACAAGUCUUUGACAGGAGUGGAGUAUAAGCCCGUGUCAGCCACUGGAGCUGAGGACAAAGAAAAGAAGAAGAAAGAAAAAGAAAAUACAUCUGAAAAGCAGAGUAAACCUCAGAAACAAAAUGAUGGUCAAAGGAAAGACCCUCCUAAGAACCAGGGGAGUGGGCUGUCGUCAAGUGGAGCAGGCGAAGGGCAAGGGCCAAAGAAACAAACCAGAUUGGGUCUUGAGGCAAAAAAAGAAGAAAAUCUUGCGGAUUGGUAUUCUCAAGUCAUUACAAAAUCAGAAAUGAUUGAAUACUAUGAUGUGAGUGGCUGUUAUAUUCUUCGACCAUGGUCAUAUUCCAUUUGGGAAUUCAUUAAGGACUUUUUUGAUACUGAGAUUAAGAAACUUGGUGUUGAAAACUGCUAUUUCCCCAUAUUUGUGUCUCAAGCUGCAUUAGAGAAAGAGAAGAAUCAUGUUGCUGACUUUGCCCCUGAGGUUGCUUGGGUUACAAGAUCUGGCAAAACAGAGUUGGCGGAACCAAUUGCCAUCCGGCCUACCAGUGAAACAGUAAUGUAUCCUGCAUAUGCAAAAUGGGUGCAGUCACACAGAGACCUGCCCAUCCGGCUCAAUCAGUGGUGCAAUGUGGUGCGUUGGGAGUUCAAGCACCCCCAGCCUUUCCUCCGGACUCGUGAAUUCCUUUGGCAGGAAGGGCACAGUGCUUUUGCUACCUUUGAGGAAGCAGCAGAAGAGGUCUUACAGAUACUUGAGUUAUAUGCUCGAGUAUAUGAAGAACUCCUGGCAAUUCCUGUUGUGAGAGGAAGGAAGACUGAAAAGGAAAAGUUUGCAGGAGGAGACUAUACAACAACAGUAGAAGCAUUCAUAUCUGCUAGUGGGAGAGCUAUCCAGGGGGCAACAUCACAUCAUUUAGGCCAGAAUUUUUCUAAAAUGUGUGAAAUCAUUUUUGAAGAUCCAAAAUCACCUGGUGAGAAGCAAUUUGCCUAUCAGUGUUCCUGGGGACUGACAACGCGAACCAUUGGUGUUAUGAUCAUGGUGCAUGGGGACAACAUGGGCUUGGUACUGCCACCUCGUGUAGCCUGUGUUCAGGUGGUGGUUAUUCCUUGUGGUAUUACAAAUACACUUUCUGAAGAAGACAAAGAAGCUCUGAUGACCAAAUGCAAUGAUUAUCGACAGCGAUUGCUCAAUGUUAACAUUCGAGUUAGAGUCGAUUUGCGAGAUAACUACUCUCCAGGCUGGAAGUUCAAUCACUGGGAGCUCAAGGGAGUACCAAUUAGACUUGAAGUUGGGCCACGUGAUAUGAAAAGCUGUCAGUUUGUAGCUGUCAGACGAGAUACUGGAGAAAAGCUAACAAUUGCAGAAAAUGAAGCUGAAACUAAACUUCAAGCUAUUUUGGAAGAUAUCCAAGUUAACCUUUUCAGAAGGGCUUCUGAAGAUCUUAAGACUCAUAUGGUUGUAGCUAAUACAUUAGAAGAUUUUCAGAAGAUACUGGAUUCUGGAAAGAUUGCUCAGAUUCCAUUCUGUGGGGAAAUUGACUGUGAAGACUGGAUCAAAAAGACCACUGCCAGGGAUCAGGAUCUUGAACCUGGUGCUCCAUCCAUGGGAGCUAAAAGCCUUUGUAUCCCUUUCAAGCCACUCCGGGAGCUGCAGCCUGGAGCCAAAUGUGUCUGUGGCAAGAACCCUGCCAAAUUCUACACUUUGUUUGGUCGGAGUUACUGAAAGAUAAAACAAACGUCACUCGCUAGUCCUCCUGACUUUUUAAAAAGUUGAUACUAAUAAUCUUCUCAUACACUUUUUUGAUUUUUUAAAAUAAAAGGAGGUCACAUGGAUGAACAACUAUUCUUAUGAAUAAAUUAACAAUGAAAAGAUUUUUCUGUAAACAACUCCAGUAAUAAAUAUCAUGAACUAAUAGU